AUGGUUCCUGGGCUAGGCAUUCUACCAGCCGUUCGCUCCACGUGUGUCGGCGCCACACCCUCCAGUCGCGGCGUUUGUGACCUUUCUAAUCCAGUCAGGUCGUCGACAUGGGAGCGGACCCCAGCCCGCGCUACGCCCCUCCGGAUCCCACGCUGCCCGCCCCUUGGCGGGGCCUGGUUGACGGCUCUACAGCACGUCAACGGCGCGGCAGCGUCUUCCGAUGAUGUUGUGGCGUACAAGCGAAAACACGAGAUUACCGUCGUGGGAUCGAACAUACCGCCGUUUCUAACCUUCGAGGCUGCCAAUUUCCCUUCUGACAUCUACCGCGAGCUCAAGGCGGCGGGGUUCCCCACGCCCACGCCGAUCCAAGCGCAGUCAUGGCCCAUAGCGCUCUCAGGCUCGGACGUGGUUGCCGUGGCUAAGACAGGCUCGGGAAAGACGAUCGGGUACCUGCUGCCCGGGUUCGUGCACCUGCAGCAGCGGCGCAACAACAGCCGCCAGGGACCGACGGUGCUGGUGCUGGCGCCCACGCGCGAGCUGGCCACGCAGAUCCACGCGGAGGCGGUUAAGUUCGGUCGGUCGUCGCGCAUCAGCAGCACGUGCGUGUACGGUGGCGCGCCCAAGAACCCGCAGCUGCGCGAGCUGCAGUACGGAGCGGACAUUGUCAUCGCCACGCCAGGCCGCCUCAAUGACUUCCUCGAGGCCAACCAGAUCAGCCUGCGCCAGGUGUCCUACCUGGUGUUGGACGAGGCGGAUCGCAUGCUGGACAUGGGAUUCGAGCCGCAGAUCCGCAAGAUAGUGGCGCGCGUGCCCGGGCGGCACCAGACGCUCAUGUACACGGCCACGUGGCCGCGCGAGGUGCGGCGCAUCGCAGAGGACCUGCUCUCCUCGCCCGUGCACGUCACCAUCGGCAGCACCGACCAGCUCGUUGCUAACAAGUCCAUCACCCAGAUCAUUGAGCUGCCAGCGCCUUACGAGAAGCAGCGUCGGCUGGAGCAGAUCCUGCGCUCGCUCCCCCGCGGCUCCAAGGCCAUAGUCUUCUGCUCCACCAAGCGCAUGUGUGACCAGCUCUCACGCUCCCUCGACCGCAGCUUCGGCGCCGCAGCCAUUCACGGGGACAAGUCCCAGCCCGAGCGCGACCACACUCUGGCCCAGUUCCGCUCCGGCGCCAUGCCCACCCUGGUUGCUACUGACGUUGCCGCGCGCGGGCUCGACGUGAAGGACAUUCGGUGCGUGAUCAACUAUGACUUCCCCACGGGUGUGGAGGAUUAUGUUCACCGGAUUGGGCGGACGGGGCGGGCCGGGGCGACGGGGACGGCGUACACGUUUUUCGGGCCGCAGGACGGGAAGUAUGCGAGGGAGUUGAUCAAGGUGUUGGAAGGGGCGCAGCAGGUGGUUCCUCCGGAGCUGCAGCAGAUGGCUGCUAGUGCCGGGCCGGGCCGAGGGAUGUCCAGAUGGGGCGGUGGAGGAGGAGGGAGGUCUGGGGGAGGGUAUGGUGGCGGUGGUGGGUAUGGCGGUGGUGGUGGUGGGUAUGGUGGUGGUGGGGGUGGGUACGGAGGAGGGGGGGGUUAUGGAGGGACCGUGGGGGCAGCGGCCGGCAUGACGACAGGGACAGGGAUCGCGACCGCGAUGCCGAUCGCUACCAAAGCAGGAGAACCCGCAGCCGCAGCCGCAGUCCCAGCCGUAGCCGCGGCCGCAGCAGGAGCAGGAGCCGCAGCAGGAGCCCUCGGAGAAAAAGCAGGGAGACAGCCCGCCGCGGCUCUCGCAGCCGCAGCCGAUCCCGCUCCCCCCGCCGCCGCACCAGAAGCAAGUCCCGCACGCCGCCCAGCAGAAGCCGCCGCAGCAGCCGCAGCCCGCCGCCCGCCCGUAAGCGCCACAGCCGCAGCCGCAGCAAGAGCAGGAGCCCGGAGGCCCGGCGGCGCCGAACCUACAGCCGGAGCAAGUCCCCUGGAGGCAUGGAUUGAACUGGGGGUGAACCGACACGUGGUGGCUUGCUGGCUGUCACCCGCAGCGCCACAGCCGGUGCGUCGCUCUUCGCUGUCCCAUGCCCUCGGGACCGCCGCGCAGCCUCCCGCGCCUUCCCCGCCCUCCGCCGAGUUCGCGCCUGCUGCUACCUCCGCCGUCGCCAGCGCCCCUACCGCCUCUUCGAAAUUGUCGCGCAAGUCUGGUCGGUGGGACUUCUUUCGCUGGGCGGACGAGGAAGAGGACGAGUUGAAUGAAGCGGAGGAGGUUGAUGGGGAGGGGGAGGAAGCGGAGGAGGAAGUGAAAAACGGAAGGCCGGGGGAGGAAGGGAAGGAGGAGUGUGAGGACUUUCUAUGCGCGAGUCCCGCCGCCAUUCGCGGCAGCGAGCUGCGAUGGGGUCGCGAGAGCGAGCGCAUGAGCGCCAGCUUCAGCGGUGCCGAUCGCGGCGGCAGCAGGAUGGCGGUGACUGCGACUCGAAGCGACAGCAGCGCUGGCGUCGGCGGAGCCAUUUGCGGCGUCGAUCGCGGCGGUGCGCACAGCGGUGCCGCGGAGCCGUAUACCCUAUUGGAGUUCCCCCCGAGGGGGAAGAGCGGAAUCAGCGCGGCCGCGCCUCUCCCCGUCUCUCCGCCCGCCCGCCCGCCCGUCCUUGCUCUCCUCUCCGCUGCCCGCGCGGGGCUGGCGGCGGGCGCGCAGCCGGUCUCUGCGCACGGGGGCCUGGGCGGAGCAUACAUCUUCCGCGACGAGUCUUGCGCCAACCUUGCGAUCGUGAAACCCGCGGACGAGGAACCGCUUGCGCCUAACAACCCCAACGGGUACGUGGGGCGCGCGCUGGGGCAGCCGGGGCUGAAGCGGAGCAUCCGCGUGGGGGAGGCGGCGGGGCGGGAGGUGGCGGCGUACGUGCUGGACCAUGGCGGGUUCGCGGGCGUGCCGUGCACCGCGCUCGUGUGGGCCGCGCACCCCGUGUUCCACGUCAAUGCUCCGCCGCCCCUUCCGCCGCAGCAGCAGCAGCGGGGGCACCACCAGCAGCGGGAGCCGGCGCAGGCGCGGGAUGGGGAGCAGGCGGCGGCGGAAGCGGAAGCGGAAGCGGGCGCGCAGUUGCGGCUGUGUUCGAUGCAGCGGUUCGAGGAGCACGACUUCGACGCGAGCGAGCACGGCACGUCGCGCUUCCCUGUUUCCGCCGUGCACCGCAUGGGCAUCCUCGACGUGCGCCUUCUCAACACGGACCGCCACUCGGGGAACAUCCUCGUGAAACGGCUCGGCGGCUCGGAGGGCGAGGAGGAGAAGCGCGGGGGGAGGCGGAGUAGUUCCGCGCACGCGCACGCACUCCUGCGCGCGGAGGAUGACGUGCGGCUGAUCCCCAUCGACCACGGGUUCUGCUUGCCUGAGACGCUGGAGUCGGCCUAUUUUGAGUGGCUGCACUGGCCGCAGGCUUCUCUGCCCUUCUCCCCCGACGAGCUCGAGUACAUAGCCGCGCUAGACGCCGCGCGGGACGCGCAGCUGCUGCGCGCGCACCUCCCCGCCAUCCGCGCGGGCUGCCUGCGCGUGCUCGCGGUCACCACGACGCUGCUGCAGCGCGCGGCGGCGGCGGGGAUGACUCUGGCGGGGAUAGGCGCGCUGAUGACGCGCGAGGUGCAGGGGCGGGAGGAGCGCCCGAGCGACCUGGAGGUGGCGUGCUGGGAGGCGCUGCAGGCGGUGGCGCAGGGGGGAUACAGGAAAGGGGAAGGGGAGGGGGAGGGGGAGGGGGAUGGGGAGAGGGAGUGGGAAAGGGAGGGGGAGGGGAUGUGGAGGGUGGAGAGUGAGAGUGAGGAUGGGGUGGAGGGGGGGAUUGUUGAGGAAAGGGACGAGGAUGAGGAGACCAGUGAGGAGGGCAGUGAGGAGGGGAGUGAUGAUGGGAGUGAAGAAGGAGAAGAUGCGUGGGAGUGUCCUAGCUGGGCUGUGGGCGGUGAUAGCUAUGCUGCUUCUUCUGCCAGUGGUGCUGGUGCUGGUGAAGACACCAGCACAUGUGCCGCUCUCAGUGGCAGCAACAGCAGCAGCAGCAGCAGCAGCAGCAGUGUACCGCCGGUGCUGUUUGCCCCCAUCAAGGCAGGAUGGCGAUGGGCGGACGCUGCUGAUGAGGAGGACGAGGAGGAGGAUGCGGCGGUUGACUGUGCUGGUGCUGGUGGCCUUGCUGCUGCUGCUGCUGCUGCUGCUGCUGCUAGCGGUGGUGAUGCUGAUGCGGAUGUGAGGAGUCCCCAUGGCGAGCACGCACCACUGCUUGACAUCCUCCGCCUUGCUCCAGGCGACGCUAGCAGCCCCAUUCUCCCUGCCAUCCCUACUGGCUCUUCCUGCCCUGCCACCCCUGCCACCCCUGCCAACCCUCCCACCUCUGCCAACCCUCCCACCCCUGCCAACCCUCCCACCCCUGCCAACCCUGCCGGGCCUGCCGGUCCUGCCGUUCCUGCCAUCUCUGCUGCAAUCCCUCCUGUCCCGGCUGUGUGCUCCCAGGAUUCCAUCCAAUCCGCCCUGUGCAAUCGCUUCGCACCCACCAGCAAGACCCCGCUGCCGUCUCUGCCAUCCCUGCCGUCUCUGCCGUCUCUGCCAUCCCUGCCGUCUCUGCCGUCUCUGCCAUCCCUGCCGUCUCUGCCGUCUCUCCCUGCGUUCCCGUCUGCGCUCUCGUCUCUCCCGGCGCUAGAGCUCUCGCCGUACCUCUCGCCCCUCUCCCUGGCCGCGCCUGGCGGCAGCUGUGACUCGCUGCUGCUGGUGGCUCACACCGAUGCCACUGCAGCAGCAGGGGAUGUGGACCAAGGGUCGAUUGGGCAGGUGCAGGAGCAGGGGCAGCAAGGGCAGGUGCUGUCACUGUCUGCUUCUUUCCCUGCGCUGCCUGCAACAGCGGACUAUCCCGGCUGUGGCGUUUCCGACACGGGCCGGGGAGGAGGGCGCUCGGGAGGAAUGGCAGGAGCAGGGGGAGGGAAACCAGGGAGGGCAGGGGCAUGGAUGGAAGCAGCAGCAGGAGCAGGCGGACUAGCAGCAGGAGGAGCGGCAGCAGGGGGAGCGGGAGGAGCAAGGGAGGAAGGGCCUGGGGAGUGGGUGGAUCUGGGGGAGGUGAGGGAGGAGGCGUGGGGGGAGUUCAUGUGCGUGCUGGUGGGGAUACUGGACGAGCUUAUAGCUCAGCGCCCCGAGUCAUGA